AUGGAGGCUGCCAUCUUGUUUGAUCAGUUGAUUGUUGGUGGUUGUGAGUUCGAGUGUGAGGACAAUGUUCGCGACCUUGGGGUGCAUGUGUCAAGUACGUUAAAUUUUGAUCUGCACAUUCGAAAGAAAUGCCAAGUCGCAUAUAGCCAGUUAAGAAACUUGCGGUGUAUCCGGAAACAUUUGACACAAAACUCCAUUGAUAUUCUUGUUCAUGGUCUUAUUCAUUCCCAACUUGAUUUCUGUAAUGGACUCUUUGCUGACAUUCCGGCAUAUCAGCUGAACAAAUUACAAAGAUUUCAAAACACUGCUGCCAGGUUAGUAACCUGCGCAUCGAAUGAAGAACGUAGUUCCAACUUGCUAGAACGAUUACAUUGGCUACCAGUGCAGGCAAGAAUAAUGUUCAAGGUGCUUGCCAUUGUUUUCCGGGUCGUUAAGGGCACUGCGCCAAAUUACCUCCGAUCGAUGUUCACACAUGCACAAGGAAGCUACCGCUUGCGAUCGUCAGUAUGCAUCCAGCUCAGUGCGCCAAGGCAUAGAACAAAGAUCGCCGACAGGUCACUUGAAGUGGAAGGACCGAAAUGGUGGAAUGUGCUUCCCGGACAUUUGAAAUCGGCUGACUCGGAAACAACAUUUAAGAGCAAGCUCAAAACCUACCUCUUUAAGCGAUUCCAUAACACGUAG